AUAACAAUAAAAGAACAGACAUAUAAAUGAUUGAUUUCACUCCAGGACAAGUGAAUUAGUGGUGGUUAGGCGUCAAAUACUAACAGAAGACCUUCAUCAUGCCUGGGAGUGAAAUAGAUCUGGUGGAAAGAGAUCCGAAUGGAUUAAAUGCUCAUUUAGGUACUUUGCAUUUUAACGAUGUGUUUGGUGAACCAGAUGGAGUCCAUAGUAUUGAUUGUGUGUGGAAAUUAUCUGCUAAAUGUUUUGACUGCUGGAAGCUUCUAACCUACAACUUGUUGACAAUAUUUUAUGGCAUCUGUAUUGCAGCUGAGUGGGGAUGCGAGUUCGCCUAUAUUGCGUUCUGGCAUAUAUGGAUUAUUUCACCGUUUAUGAAGAUUUUUGAAAUUAACUGCGGACUUUGUCAGAGAAUAUAUGCUUCCUGCGUUAAUUGUUGUAUUGUACCAUGGUGUGAGGCAUGUGGUGCCAUAUUCCAUGCAUUCAAACGAUAAACAACCAAUCUUAAUAAGGAUUUGGUCAAAGACUUUGGAGACAAUAAAUAUAUUGUUUUGUUCUACACAAAGACAUUAUGUUCAUUUUAUAAUUUGAUAAUAAUGAGAUACUUUUAAAUGUUUGAUUAAUCUUUACAUGUUUAAAGAUUUAACAUGUAAAAUGUACGUGAAGAUUAAUGAAUAAUUUUUAAAAAUAAGUUGUUGUUAGAUGAUACAAUUUAUUCAAUAAACAAGCUUUCAAUGUCACAAUUUGAAA